AUGGUACUUUUGCAGUGCGAACUCGUUGAAGAUCGGCGUUCCCUGAUGGCAAAACAGAUAAAACUGCGACGUGAUCAACAACGGCAGAGGAACAACAUGGAUGAUCGGCACAGUUCGGAUAGCACUGGCGAGCAUGACUUAACCGAACCGUCAUCGUCUGAGGUCUCGCCUUCACCACACAUUGCAGCAGAACUCCCACACCCGGUUGCAGUCUAUCCUUGUGCUGUUCCGCCACCGCUCACACCACCUAUUGCCGCUCCGAUUGCUAUGGUAAUGCCGCAACCAGCGGUACAUCUCAUCCCAACAAUGCCGAACCCAUUCAUCUUACCGCUACCGUUCUUCAGUAUCUUCCAUCAACUCGCACAGCAACAGCACUAG